UGGCUGAAGGUCGGUGACAAAGAAAUAGUCGAUUAGACAGGUGAGUAAAAGAAAGGUGAGAAGAGGACAGAAGUGUUUAAUGUGGUGCCACCAUGCUCCAUCCAAUAAUCCGUGAUUAAGUAAACCUGGAUUUAAAGAAACUCCACCCACCCACCAUCACCUCCACGCGCCGCUAUUUGCUGCUCAGAGUCCAAUGGCAAAUUAUGACCCGAACACACCCCCUCCUCCUUACUACUCUGUUGCUGUGCACACCCAGCCCCCUCUCAGGCCUAAUGAAGAGGUGGUGUAUGGCUCGGAACCGGGCCUGAAGCCCCCCACCCAGCCGCAAUACAUCCCCCAGCAUCCACCACCCGUGGUUGUACCCCAAGUCACACAGCCCAACACGACCCGGAGUAGGAGAAAGAGAUGCUGUCAGGGUAAUGCACAGUGGUACGGCUGGUCAGGAGCAACCUUCCUGGUGCUGGCUCUGCUGGCUCUAGCCAUCUGGCUCGGAGUUCGUUAUGGCACGAAUUCGGGCUCACAAGUGAUCAUCUAUCAUGGGAGCGAUGAUACUGAGAGUGACGAUGAGCCAUUGGUAGAGCUUGACACCUGCCCCAACAAUACUGUGCAAUGUGAUGCAAUAAGAAACUGCCAACUGGGCACCGACGAAACAAACUGUGUGCGGUUUGGUCUGGACAACAGUCUGCAGGUCAAGACGGCUAAAGAUGGUCGCUUCCUACCAGUCUGUUACGGAAACUGGACUCAGAGCUGGGCCAACCAGGUCUGCACUCAGCUCGGAUUCAGAGGCUCCUAUGCCACCAAAGCGAUUCAGUCCCAGGAGUCUACUGGUUUGAUACUGACCAGCGGCUCGCCUUCCUCUAUCCAGGGUCAGGUAGAAGUCAGUACUUCCUGUCCAGACAAGGAGACUGUCUCCCUGCAGUGUGUUGAUUGUGGUCGGCAACAGUCCACAGACCGGAUCAUCGGAGGCAGCGUAGCUAAGACCGGCCAGUGGCCUUGGCAGCUAUCGCUCCAAUUCAGAGGAUCCCAUGUCUGCGGAGGAGUCCUGAUCUCUCCUGAUUUUGUGGUCACUGCUGCCCACUGUUUCCCAGGAACUGCAUACCUCUCUGCUGAGAACUGGAAGGUGUAUGGUGGAGCGGUGUCUCUGAACAAUCUACCUCAGCCUUACCUGGUGGAGAGGAUCAUACUCAACGGAAACUACAACAGCAGAACUAAUGACCAAGAUGUUGCUCUGCUCAAAUUAACAUCUGCUGUUCAAUUUACUGAUAAAGUUCAGCCAGCUUGUUUGCCAGCUUUUAACCAGCGAUUUCGCCAUGGAACCAGCUGCUGGACCUCAGGUUUUGGCACCACUGUGGCAGGUUCAGACGUUGUCUCCAACGAUCUGAUGGAAGUGUCUGUCAACAUCAUUAAUAGCCAAGUGUGUAACAGCCCGAGAGUGUAUGGAGGCGCAGUGACCAGGAACAUGAUCUGUGCUGGGACCCUGGAGGGAGGCAAAGACUCCUGUCAGGGUGACAGUGGUGGACCUCUGGUGUGUCAGGGAGACAGCCGUUGGUUUCUGGUGGGGAUCACCAGCUGGGGAACCGGCUGUGGUGAGAGAAACAAGCCUGGUGUUUACACCAGAGUCACCAGUGUCCUGCCUUGGAUCUAUAGCAAUAUGCAGCAUCCAUGAGAGGUUAUGAUGUCCACUGGUCGCCUGGUCUACUUCUCCCCUUUCCCCUAUGAACUACGCACUAUGAAGUCAUAUGAGUGAGAUGAGUGGAUUUAUAGCAUGACAAAAUGCACAAGUUGAGCACAAUCACUGCCCCUGCAUGUAUAUUCAUCCCGUGUCACAUGGCAUGUUUCACUUUCCCACAACCUGAUACUGAAACAAACUAAUCAAUGCACUGACUUAAGUCUUGCAUUCUUGAUUUUAUUUACUGUCACAUGGUGUCUCAGUUAUACAGUACACUGGCAACAUAUUCAGGUUUACCUUUAUGUUAAGCGGGCUUUAAAAGCAGAUGAGCUGUCUCUCACUGCGUCUGUUCUGUGCCAAUGAAAAACGUCAACCAUGAUCUCUACAUGGUUUGAUAUUCCUUAAAAAUAAUGAAUGAUUACAGAGUUGUGUUUUUUCCUCGAAAGACACAUCUCAGUUUUUUUUCAAUGUUGACCAUUGUUUACUAUAUUAAAAUGAAGGGGAAAAAAGACACUUUAUGUAUUCACUUUCUGAAGAAAGAAAGCAGUGUGAUUCCAUACUGAUCUGGGACUCUGUGCACCUAAACCUUCCCUUGUACUCACACUGUGAAUUCAGAAAUUGUUUUUCUUGCAAUAUAUGUCAUUGUGUGUUUUCUCUGUUUCAUAUUUAUGUAUUUUCUGUGGGAUCACUGAGGAUUAUAAUAAAAUAAAGAUCAAAGAAUAUCUCUUA